AUGACGCGAGACAAUUCCUUGGGCGCUGCAGAAAAGGCAGAAGAAAUAGGUGCUACUGUCCAAGGAGCAGUACUUCCACCGUCUGCAGAUCCAAUUCCGGCGCACUCUCAGGAAUCCUCACACUCUCUUACUGGGACUGGAACCUCCCUAGAUGAACAUGAAGAUGGCGGAAGAGACCUGGAGCUUGCUCCUGUCAUCACAGCACCCAUGUACUCGGCUUUUGGAACGUGGAAGAAACGAUAUAUUGUUAUAAUGGUCACUUGGGCAGCUUUUCUUUCACCAACCUCUGCGAACAUCUAUUUCCCGGCUUUGAACCCCCUUCAGGAAGAUCUCAAUGUAUCACCAAAGCUCAUCAAUUUAACCCUCACCUCAUACAUGAUCUUUCAAGGUCUUUCUCCAACCAUUUUUGGAGAUCUAGCCGAUAUGGCGGGGAGGAGACCAGCUUAUAUUAUCUCAUUCGUCAUUUAUCUAGGUGCCAACAUUGGUCUCGCUCUUCAAAAUAGCUAUGCGGCUUUGUUCAUUCUCCGUUGUGUGCAAAGUACCGGCAGUAGUGGAGCUAUUGCAAUGGGCUACGGUGUGGUAGCCGACUUAUCGACAAGCGCGGAGCGUGGAAGUUAUAUGGGAAUUGUAAGCGCGGGAACAAUGUUAGGGCCAGCUAUUGGACCUGUGAUUGGAGGAGUGCUGGCACAAUUCUUGGGGUGGCGAGCUAUAUUCUGGUUUCUUGUCAUUGUCUCCGCCUGCUUCCUCGUACCAUUCGCCUUAACGGUCCCCGAGACUGGUCGUAACGUUGUAGGGAAUGGCUCUGUCCCUCCUCAAGGCUGGAAUAUGACUCUAUUGGAAUGGUGGAAACUUCGAAAGGAGGCAAAGUCCACAGACGCCCUGUCAAGGACAGUGAGUUCAGAAGGCCGUCGACUCCAACAAGCGGAACUUGCACGGAAGCGUCAAUUGAGAUGGCCCAAUCCUUUGAAGACUAUUCACAUCAUUAUGGAAAAGGAUAUGGCAGUAGUGUUGAUAUACAACGCACUAAUCUACACCGCGUUCUACGACAUUAUGGCAUCUAUCCCCGAGCUCUUCCAGGAAAUAUACCACUUUAACGACCUCCAAAUAGGUCUCUGCUAUAUUCCGUUUGGCUGCGGAUGUGCCAUCGCCAGUUUCCUAAACGGCAGGAUGUUGGAUCGAAAUUACAAGCGAGUAGCACGACAGAUAGGAUUCACAAUCGACAGGAAGCGUGGCGACGAUCUAGCCAAUUUCCCAAUCGAACGCGCACGUCUCGAAAUCAUCUGGCCAAUCCUGACUCUGGGUCUUAUCUGCGUCCUUUGCUACGGCUGGGUCUUAGAAAAGAACGCCCACCUAGCCGCUCCCCUCAUUCUCCAAUUCUUCAUCGGUCUUUGCGUCAACGGCGCUUUCAACAUCCUUAGCACUCUAGUCGUGGAUUUAUAUCCUCAAAGCCCUUCCACCGCAACGGCAGCCAAUAACCUCGUUCGCUGUUUCUUUGGAGCCGGAGGGACGGCCGUUAUCACCAUCAUGAUCCAAAAAAUGGGGCGUGGAUGGUGUUUCACGUUUAUUUCGCUGGUUUGUAUAGUCACGAUGCCGAUGUUGUGGGUGGAAUUGAAGUGGGGGCCUGGGUGGAGGGAGGAGCGGAGGGUUAGAUUGGCGAAGAUUGAAGAGGAGAAAGAGAGGGUGGUGGAGAGGAUGGAGAGUAGUGGGAGGGAGGAAAAAGCUUGA